AGAGUUUUUAGAAGAAAUUUAAUAAUAAUGUCAUCAAUUACAACAACAUCCCCAUCAAAAGAACAAUUUUGUUCCUUUAUAUCAGAAUUUAUUGAUAAAAGUAAAAAGAUUAUUGUGGAAUCGGAGGACGUUUUAGAUUACGAUGCUGUUGAAUUAACAUUAUUGUUAAAAUCAAUUGGUUUUCAAUUACAAUCAUUAGAAUUUUUUUCGAAACCUGAUGAUGAAGCUAAGGAUAUUGAAAUUGAAAUAAAAUGUAAACGAUCUGGAUUACAUUCAAAACUUAAAAUGAUAACAAAUAAUUGUACGUGUCCAAUUAAUGAUCCAUCAUCAAAUAAUAAUUCAUUUUGGGAAGUUCAAGGCAUAGCACCAGUUUCUGGUUUAAUGAAACCCCAAGGGUUAGUUCAGGAUACUUCUUGUAAUCUAUUACCAGAAAUAACGAAGAAAACUAAUAAUUUGGCAAGAACAAUGUUAACUAUUUUACAGCAACAUUAUAAGGCUGAUUUCGAUCCUAAAGGAGCCAAAAUUAAGCAAGUUGAUGUUAAAGAAAUUUUAGAACGUUUUCAAUCAAAAAAUAUUAAUAUGGAUUCGCUCAAACCAAAUACUGAUUGUCCUUCUCCAAAUAAUGUAUUAAAAAAAUCGACGCAACAUUGUUCGACUCCAUUGAGUUCCAUAAAUGUUGACUCCACCGCUUUAUGUGAAACAAAUUUGACCGUACAAGUAGAUGACGGUGAUGUUCAAGCUUAUAAAGAAACCAAUGGAGCAAAUGUAACAAGUGAAACUGAUGUAAAUUAUGUUACAAGUAUAGAAACUGCUAAUAAUGGCAUCAAUUUUGCUAUUAAUAACAUUUUGUUAAAAGACAAUGAUACUUUUGAUCAAUUGAAUCCAGAAAAUGAAAAAGAAAUUUGUUUAAUCGAAAAUAUUACUGAAGCUCGCAAAAAUUUAGAUACUGCUUUAUUAUUAUUAAAAUGUAAUGUUACGAGGGAAAUUUCACCAGGUUCGUCAAUUUUAACAGUUACUCCUCAAAAUUUAAAGAAAAAAGGGCAAACAUCUAAUACCAGAAGAUCAACACCUCUAAUUUCACUUCCAUUGGAGAGAUCAAGGUUAGCGAAUUCCAAUAAUUUAUCAGUAGAUUCUCGAAAUAUGAGACGGCAUUCUGUUGGUGGUCGAAACGAUGCAUUUUUGUCAUCAUCUUUAUCGCCUUCCGAAGCUGAAAUAUUGACCAUGCGGCAAGGAAGUGAUUUGUCACUCGAUAACUUGAAAAGAAAACCGAAACUAAGUCCUUUAACAGGGAAAUUAAUAAAACCAGAUACUCCACGUCCAAGUAGUGGAAAAGUUUAUGGAAUUAAAGCUAGUCUUGUUAAAAAAGCAUUAUCGACUCCUCAUCAAAGAUCUGCUAAUUCUGCAAAACCACCUAUUAAUAAAGCACCUGGUCAAACAACAUCAGAUAUUGGUAGUGUUAAUGGAAUAAAGAAAACAAUAAAAUGAAUUGGUUCUGCGUAAUGGAAUAUGAUGGGAGCGUUAAAUUACAUUUGUAUUCGUUUUUAACAUUAAUAUCCUAUUUUUUUAAUAAUUUAUAUAUGUAUGUAUGUAUAUGAAAACAGAAAACAUUCUCAUUAAAUUAUUUAUUUUUCGAUUUGUUAAUUUUUUCAAUAGAAAAUAUUAUUUGAUAUGAAUUCAAUAAAAAUUAUAA